ACGGAAACUUCGAAAAAUUGCAACGAGGAAGACUCCGUGUGGGAGAGCGCGGGCGGCGUGGGGCGUUGCAAUCAGUCGGCUCUGAGCGAAUGUGUCGCCCCGAAUCGCCAUGCGGAAGUUCUUCACCGACGCUGAGGUAUUGGUGACCUCGAUCCGGACUAGUCGAGAAAUGCUUUGAUGCGCCGACGGGGCCGAGAAUGGCAGGACCAUUGGCCAUGCUGGGGUCUUUGCUCUGGUUUCAGCUGAGCGUGUUCUGCCGAGGCGUGCUGCUCUCCAUCGCGCAAGCCGGUCGGUGGUUGUGGGCCAAGCGCGAGACGCACGAUGCGUCGCACGCCAUGUACGAAGGUGUGGUUUGGCACGAGAGGAAGCACCCUGUUCGCCACCAGUUCGAGUACAAAGUGCGCUAUGCGCUCGUGAAUCUGGACGAAUCGCCGGCCUGGUUCGCUGCUGCCUCUCGUCACCAUCUAAGUGCGCAGCAGGCGCGCUCCAUCGUCGGCACGUCUGGAGCUGUGUACCUCCUCUGCAUGCCGGCCAGCGUUGGGUAUGAGCAGAACCCUCUCAGUGUGUAUUAUUGUUACGACGACGCCGGACUUCUGGCCCGAGCGAUUGCUGAGGUGACAAACACUCCAUGGGGAGAACGUGUGACCUUUGAUUUUGACCCGAGUGGCGACUGCGUCGCCAAGCCUCUACAUGUCAGUCCUUUCAUGGACAUGGAGGGUUCCUGGCUCCUUCACGCAACUUGUCCCGGCGAGAAGCUGGCAUUGACGAUUAGGGUUGAUCAUCCUCAAUUUGGGAAUUUCUUCAUGGCUACUUUACGAGCCAAGAAGAUUUCAGUUCAAAAUCCAGAGUUUUUCUCGUGGCUUAUGCCUCACAAGGUGGCGCUUUGGAUAUACUGGCAAGCAUUGGUCCUGCUCUGGAAGGGUGUUUCAUUCAUCCAACAUCCGAAAUACGUCGAUGGGGAUGCUUACAGAGAACGAGCUACAAUUAGAGAUGAAGUGAUGAAAGGCGGGUGUCCAAUGAGCGAGGGAAGUGACGGUCGAGCUCGACGAGAACAAAUGGCUGCCGGAACAUGCCGAGAAUCUUCCGGGGCGAGUGCCGAAUCCCGACGACACUGCACAUGGCGAGAAGCGGCUGGUCAGCCUUGGUUGUGACUCUCGUGCCAUAGGCUCGUAGCACUAUCUGUAACGCAAGAUUUGAGGAAGUUUGUUUCUGUCUCGGGAACAGUUGACUAGAACUUCUCGAAAGAAGUGACACAUGCCUCUAGUGAGGCGCAGCGAGUGAUGUUCACAGCGGCAUUCUUCUCUAAAGCUAGGAUGCCACGAUCUAAAAGUGAAAAAUGUAAUGGUGAACGGGAAGUGGAAGAGGAUCAGAGGAGGGAUGGAGAGCAUGAAUGUGUCGCCAAGGAGUGAAUGGCACACAUUGAGCACCACAAACACUUCGGCAGUAAAACAGUGAACAAGUACUUGAAAUAGCAUUGAUUGUGUGGUUCCUACAGGAUACCACUACGUCAGGCAGUGUUGCAAACUUUGAAAAAUACUCUAUUCGCUUGGUGAUUGUAAUAGUGAAGGGAAAUGAGCAGGGCAAAGCUGUCAGUCACAUUCAUUGAACAGGAGAGCAAGAUCUAAACCUGAUGAUUGUUUGGUUUCUACAUCACACACGAAAUUUGACAACGUUCAAAGGAGUGGAUUAGAAUUUUCCGACGUUUGCAUUACUUCUCUAUUAUUGCAUUUCUUAGAUUUAGAUUUAUACAAAAUAUCCUAUUGGUUUGGAGGAAAAAAAAUAGAUGGAUAGAUUAUGGAAAUUAUUGUACACUUUAAUCGGGAUAAUAAUAAAUAUUUCAUCUAGUGAAGUUUUAGUUGACGAAAGUAU